AUGGGAUCCUCCUCCUUCUUCUUGAGCCGUCUCUCGCCUGAACUUCGCAACCUCAUCUACGAACACGCCUUCACAUCACCCUACGCCGUCACUCUACCGCCAGCCUCUCCCACCAGACACCAUCAACACCCUCUGACUCUCACAUGUCGCGCAAUCCGCCACGAAAGCCUUCCAAUGUACUAUUUCCUAACAGACUUCAACGCACAUUUGGAUGACGGCCCCGCAACACCGCUAGCAAAAUGGUUGAAAGUUCUGGGACCUGAUCUCGUAGCUUGUAUUGGGCAGAUCAAUAUAUGGGUAUGUACAAGCACGGCAAGAGAUCAUGUUAGUCAUCGCAUUAGCUUUCCAGAAGGUCUUGCCUCGUUCCCAUGCUAAUAGUUGCUCUCGACUAGGAUAUGCAUAUGCUCAAUGGCACCUUGCACGGUAUCGAUUCCACCGCACGACUGCUUUCCCCAGGAAUCGGAGCUGCCAGCGACCAGAAGUAUGUCCUUCGCCCGCUAGGCGACUGGGCGAUCCAGACUGGAUGGUAUCUCGAAGACGUCAUCCUGUCUCUGCGUUCCAUGGGCAUGGACCUGCUGCGGUUUUGCAUCGUGUCGGAGCCCGGAGAGGACAGCAUUCCCAAACUCACAUCGGAGUUUGCGAUUGUAGAAUUGGAAUAG